GAGGGGGAAGGGUCUGCAGUCAGACGCACUUAAAUUUGCCUUGACGCGAGGUGACAGAGCUCGACGAGGAAUACUUAAGCAGAAAUAUUCUAGUGCAUAUAUGCAUGCAGUUUAUGUUCGGUAAUAAAGUUAGUCAUUGCUGCCUCGAUCAAACACCUCCCUUAUUUUAUAUAGCCGCGGCGGUAUUAGAUUGAAGUGGACGUUCUGAGAAAAGCUAUAGGGAUACCCGCAAGUGAGCCGUCAGUUGCCGAUCACCCUGCAUCACCCUGUUGGUCCUCACCUCUCGACUGUCGUGUACGAGUAGGUUCACCCAGGCAAUCAUGCGACAGUCGCACGAGCGCAGUCUCGUUUGACAUGGAAAGAUGUUUUCACAAAAUAGUGAUUUGGGCGAGCUGUUCUGAGUUUAUGGCGUGAUUUCGGCAGCGUGAAGCACUGACGUGUGGAUAUAAAAGAAAGAAAGAAAAGGGUUAGCGAAAGGACAGGCACGUGCGCUUUGUUUUUCUUUUUCUUUUUUUUCCCCUUGAGUGCUUCGUGCUGCAUAAAUAACGCCACGUUUUGACAGGCCUACAGCUCUAGAGAGCGCAACAGGUGGCUUUACCAAAAUAGUCACCACGUUCUACCAUAAUUAUCGACAAAAAAUUGCCUUAGAACAAAUAUAUAUAUAUAGUAGUAGUAGUAGUAUAAGACUUUUAUUCAGCCAAAAAUUACAGGCCGAGCAUAUCGACCGCCUGGGUGGCCAGUCGACGCUGUUCUUCUUCACCUUCAGCGCCAAGCCAGUCGAUAUAUAUAUAUAUAGCACCUGGGAGAACAAAAAUUACCCUCUGAAGUGCGCGUGCCAACACGCAAUUUACUUGCCUUUACUAGUCAGGCAAUAAAUCUUGCGGAAGGCUGUGGUAAAAACAUGCCCCACAAGCACUUCCUUAAUUACGGAAACAAGCGCACCCUCUGCGUAGGUUCUGACGCAGCGUGUUCUAUAUCGGCGUCAUUCGAGCGCGGUGUCAGCGUUUCCUUUACCUGUGCUGUGCAUCAACUCUCUGAGACCACUCCGACUGUAGUACGAACGUCCCAGCUGUUUCCUGAGGAUACAAAGUUGUCCACAUCGGAGUCAACAAUCAUCUUCAUGAAAAAUAGGCGAAAGUGACGCUGCUAGUCUGGGCUCAACUGCAACUCCAACCUUUGCCAUGUUGAGGAGAUACGCCAACGUGGCUUCUCUGAUUGCUGCAAUCGUGGUGGCGGUCGGGGCAACUGAUCUGGAGGAUUUCUUUGAGAGGAUACACAGUGAAGGCGAGGUGACGACGUACCAAUGCUACCGAAACGGCACCACGCUCGAGCCAUCCUCAUCGCGCGACUUCACCGUCCUGUGGAAAGGCUCGGACCAGCCCGAUGACGAAGCACAAUGCGUGUGUACAUUCCAGAUUGCCGGUGACAGUGAGAACCAGAGGUUCGAUGCCUCUGCCGAGUACGAAUCACAAGGAGACUACGCCAUUCUGUCAGGCGACGGUAAACAGGCGCGUCUUUACCAACUCCAGCCUCCAUACCAGGGUGAAGCCUACUACUUCAAGGAAGUGGUCGACGCGGAUGGAGAUCCAGUCUUCAAGAUUUACGACACAGCCGAGACCUGCACGAACGCCGAAGCGCUUCGCAACCAGGUCUGCCCUGAACCGUGCGACUUGGAAUACGUACGUUGAAGGAUGCAAAGAUGCGGCUCAGGCAAUAACAAGUAUAACAACGAAGCAUUAAAAGAGGUAGAGGGAACACAUGUAAGUUUUACUUGUACGAGCGAAGAACUGACUAAUAAAGUCUUUCCACGUUA